UACAUAUUAUUAGUAAUUCGUCUGCGUCUGUCUCUUCCUUGUUCCCAGGACUUGAGACAUGCGCUGCCUGUCACAGACAUGUCUCGUGCCUCACCUUCAUCACCGCCACCAGCCGCUGAUACUGCAGCCAGAGCCGGAGCUGCAGCCGAAGCUGAAGCUGAAGCUGACCGUAUCCGCCACAGAGCCUCCAACGAGUACCAUGUCUCGUCGUCCUUCUCAGCAGAGUCUGCAGACCGCUCAAAGGCGCGGAGCAGCAUAAACUUCAACUCCAACACGGAAGCAAAAAUCAGGAACCCACUCAUCGGCAUCCCGCGACGGACUCUGCUCAACGAUGUCGACGACUUCUGCCGCACAAAGUCGCUGGAGGACUAUCGCUCCAUCAUCCGCAAGGGCGCGCUUGUUGCCCAGGACCCUACUGGCUACGAAGACAUCACCGGCUCCGAGGCCCUGAGCCCGCAAGAGGUUGAAGCUCUCCGCAACGAGGUGCUGCACAAAUGGCGGAUCCCCUGGACGCUGUUCCUGACCGUCGUUACGUGCUCCAUCGGUGCUGCGGUGCAGGGCUGGGAUCAGACGGGGUCAAACGGCGCAAACCUCGCCUUUCCUCGUGCUUACGGCAUAGACUCUGACAGCAUCCACGACAAGCUCGUUGUCGGCCUCGUCAAUGCUGCGCCGUACAUCGGGACAUCGCUUGUCGGCUGCUGGCUGUCGGAUCCCCUAAACUAUCACUUUGGCCGCCGCGGAGCCAUAUUUGCGUCUGCCAACUUCUGUCUUUGGCCCGUCCUGGGGAGUGCCUUUUUGCCCAUCUUUGCGGCAGAAAACUCACCAGCCCCCAUCCGAGGCGCUCUCGUUAUGAGCUGGCAGCUGUGGAACGCGUUUGGGAUUUUUCUCGGGACUUGCGCUAACCUUGCAGUCAUGGGAAUCGGUGCUGAAGCUUGGAGAUACCAGUUGGGCUCGGCUUUCAUCCCGGCUGUGCCACUUGUGUGCCUUGUUUACUUUUGCCCCGAGUCGCCGCGUUGGUAUAUCAAGAAGAACAGGUAUAGAGAUGCUAUGCGAUCUUUACUCCGCCUCCGAAACAACCCCAUCCAGGCCGGUCGCGAUAUUUACUACAUACACGUUCAGCUCGAAGUAGAGGCCGAGUUCACCGGCUCUAGCAACUAUGUCAAGCGAUUUAUAGAACUCUUUACCCUGCCUCGAGUCCGUCGCGCGACUCUGGCCGCCUUUACCGUCAUGAUUGCGCAGCAAAUGUGUGGUAUCAACAUUAUUGCCUUUUACUCGUCUACUGUCUUUCUGGAUGCUGGAGCAAGCCAAACCGGAUCUCUCUGGGCCUCGUGGGGGUUUGGUCUGGUCAACUUCUUGUUCGCCUUUCCUGCCGUGUGGACGAUUGACACGUUUGGUCGGCGAUCUCUCCUCCUCUUCACCUUUCCGCAGAUGGCAUGGACGCUGCUGGCUGCAGGUCUCUGCAACCUGAUACCCGGAAAGAAUGGAGCUCAUCUGGGCUUUGUUGCCUUCUUUAUUUACUUGUUUGCAGCCUUUUACUCGCCAGGCGAAGGUCCUGUUCCGUUUACGUAUUCCGCCGAAGUGUUUCCUCUGUCACACCGUGAAAUGGGCAUGGCCUUUGCGGUAGCGACCUGUCUGUUCUGGGCGGCUGUGCUGUCCAUCACGUUCCCCCUGAUGCUUGCCAGGCUAGGUGUCACAGGUUCAUUUGGAUUAUAUGCGCUCUUCAACGUCAUGGCAUUGGUCAUGAUUUUCCUCUGGCUUCCGGAGACGAAGCAGCGAACGCUGGAAGAGCUGGACUACAUCUUCGCCGUGCCCUCGCGCGUCUUUAUGAAGUAUCAGGUGACCAAGACGUUGCCGUGGUGGAUCAAGCGAUGGAUCUUGUUCCGGAAGGACGCGACGCUCGAGCCGCUGUAUACACUGGAUGUGGCUGAGCACCACGACUCGGAAGAAGGCGAGGAUCAGUUUGAGAAUGACAAGGCCAAGGUCGAGUUAAAAGACAUUGUUGGCUUUACGCCGGUGGCCGUCAAUCCAAGGCCGCCUUCUUCGGAAGCAGUUUGAUUUGGAUGCGUUUCUGGUGUUUCCUUUCCUUUUGGAUUUUUGUUGGAAUUUGUUUUUUCACUCUCCCCAUUGAUUUCAUUUUGAACGGCGGUUUUCCGCUGGCAAUUUUUUCAUAUUUCUUUUAGGCGUUGAUUUGCUGGAAUCAUUGAUUAGCGGGCGUGUGUUUCAUUUCUAAACCUCAUGAUACCACGGAUGGAAGAUGGGAUGGGAACCAAUUUAUGGCGCAUGAUGGAAGCGAUACCCCAAGUUUUCUGUUUUGAAUUAAUUUGAUUGCUUUUUUUCUUUUUUCUUUUUUCGUUCCACCUAUUUAAACGAUGCUGAAACAUGUUGAUCUGAGCUGGUGUUGUCACUAUUGGAUAGCAUUUUCUGUUUUGGUUGUCUUACUGUCAGCGUUGUGAAUUGGAAGACAGCGAGAGAGACAGAGAGCGGGAAACAGAAAGGAGAGACAUUUUUGUGGAUAAAAGAUGUGGAUGAUCUACAAUGCAUAUACGAUUGAUUGCACAGACAAGACAUUAGAUGAGCCUGCUAUAUAAUAUAUACACGUGUAUAUGAGGCAAGAAAAACUCGUAUCAUUGCUACCUGUACUAUGUGAUUUUCUAUCUUUCACCUGGCAGUCUGAUCAAAGUCCCGGGCAGAGGGAUCUCUAUGCGUACCCCGAAAAGGAAAGCAAUGCGAAGCCCAUCCGAUCUGCUGCAUCUGCACUUCUCCGCACCAAGGCCCCACGAUGAUUCGAACAAACAAUCGAUCAAUGACGGGAGACGAUCUGUAUCUUCAGGCUUAUCUAUCGCUGCCCAGUCACAGCAAUUGGUGCUGCCGCUGCCUUGCUGCAUAAACAGAUCGCGGGUGGAGCUGCGAUGCGUUUGGAAAAAAACGUCAUUGGCCCCACUGCAGCAACUCGCGAUGAUACCUUGAAAUGCAAGACGUCGAGGUUUUAUGGAGUUUGAAAAAAAUGUCUGGAGAUGUGAGAGGAGAGUAAUGAAUGCAUGGGGCUCAUCUACGAUGUCGGUAGCAGCGGAUGAUGGGGUUAGGUAUGAUAUCAUCACGGAUUUGCGGAC